GAUGGAUUUAAAUGCAUGGCGCUCUGUGGAGUGCGUUGGAAGUGAAGCACUCUGGAUGUUUUGAGUCCGGAGCUGGUCUAAAUGCGGAUGUUUGGAGUCACUUUGAGGAUGAUCAUCUGGUGGACCAUUCUAGCGUUCUGUUGGAGUUUAUGGCCGUUUCUUUGUAUCCUCUUUCUUAAUAAGCUCUAUCACAUGCAAGCCUUACAUCUGCGCCCUCAUGCCAUUGUAGUAAGACGUGGACCUUUUCAUCAUAUCAUAAUUGACUGGGAUUAAGUGUCUCUUAAUUUCAUCAAUAUCAAGAUCUCCAGUUGAAGCCACAGACUGCGAGGAGGCUGGGUGAUCUUCGGGACUCCUAAGGCAAAGAUGCUAAUUAGUGUAGCAGUAAUGAUAGUAUGAGCAACAUAUACA